CAGCACCAACAGCAAAAUAAAACCAAUUCCGCCUCCUUUUCCUUCCCUCUUUCCUCUUCAACCGCCAAACUCCCCCCUUUCUUCUUCUUCUUCUUCUUCUUCUCUCCCUCUCUCUCACCUUCGUCCUUCUCUAGCUCUGCGAUCAUGGAUGAAGCCGAGAAAAUGGCGUCGCUGAAGAAGGCGUAUGCGGAUGUAAUCUUGAACAUGGCGCAGGAGUCCGCAGCUCGGAUUAUGGUCUCGGAGCGUAGGGCGCUCGGAUUCCAGCGGAGCCUCUUUGCCGCGAAAGAUGAAGCCGUUUCCACGCUUCUCCGCCUCAAGAGUGUCUUGGAAUCUAAGAUCAAAGAAGCAGAAAAACAAUCCUUAGGCCAGAUAAGGAGAAUUCAAGAACUUGAAUCACAGCUUAAUGAAGCAGAAGAUACAAUAGAUUCCCUUAGAACAGAAUUGAAAAGCACGCAUGACAAGCUAGAAAAGAUGAAAAAUCUAACUGGAUCUUCUGAAGUAGAGAAUAUGAACACCAUUUCUUGUGAGGACAAUUCUCAAGAGAGAGAAAUUAGUUCUCAUUCUGCUCUUUGCUAUCCUCCAGGAUCUGAACAAAUAUCAACUGACAAGGAGGAUGCUAAUUUGAGUCCACCAGCUGUGAAUGGUCACUGCAUUGUCCUUGGAAAUAUGAUUAAGGCUGAAGAAAUGGGUGCAGAAAAUGAGUUUUUUAGCAAGCCUGACCUGGCAUCAAUGAUAAUGAGAAGUACAGAACCUGAACUUUUCAGAAAUGGGUGCACUCAAAGGAUCCGCGCAUUAGAACAGAAUCUUCUGACAGCAACGAUGCCUCUUGAAAAAACCGACAAUCAAUCGGACUUCAAUUGCAAAUUGAUUGAACCUGAGAAUGCAAAACCCGAAAGGGCCUACCCUGUAGAUACAACAGAGAAAGGAAAAUCAGUAACAGUGCCAAAAGAGCUUGCUGAGUUCAAAGAAGUUGAUCAGAGUAAAAGCAGGCAAGUUGUCCAUUUUUCCCGCAGGGUUUCUUCUGGAAAACAAGGGAAAGUUAACCAUGUUAAACCUACCCAUCGGAGUGAUACUGAAAAAAUUUCUAUAGUUGAUGAAGUGAGCGGCUGUGUUAAAAGCCCCUUUCAGGUUGUCAGCGAAGAGCCUGAGAAAAUUUCAAGUGCUCCAGUUUCUCUUGUGAUUUCUAAAUGCUCUAAAAGAUCAAAAACUAGGAAGGUUCAACUCAAGGCAUCUCUUCGAAAUGAAAAGAGAGGGAUAUUGAAAAAUGAUAAACAAAGAAUUACCAGGCAGGGAUUCAAGGAACAAAGUCAUUUGGAUUUGGAUAAUCAAACUCUUGGAAACCCUUCAUACGAGUUUGGAGGUAAACAUGGACGUGCUGUUGGGGAUCCAUUAUUGCUUACUCCUGAGAAAGAGGAUAUUUCAGGUGACCAAAAUUUUGAAAGUCAGAAACCCCACAUGGACAAUUCAAUAUUGAAUACACCAGAGAAGGAAAUAGCAGAUGAUGUGGAUAUUUCUGCUUGCAGCUCGAAACAAGAGAAAAAUGGUACCCCUUCUUUAAAUUCUAUUGUGAAAGAGGAAAACACUUGUGAAUCAAGUGGAGCUCCUCAACAAGCCGGAAAUGACAAGUUCCUUAAAUAUACAUUUCGAAGGAAGCGGAAGAGAGGUUCUUCCAACAGCAAAAUUGAAGACAUAUUUCCGGGGACAACAGAUGCAACAAAGAGGAGGGCAGAGGAUAAGCAAGAUAUCUUGGUGGAAUCCCAGAAGCCGAGUCUCAUGGUGGAGUCAACUCGAGACAGUCGUCGAAUGGCACAAGUUGCUCGCCAGCUCAUUUCCUUGUCUGAGAAAAGAUGGUGACUUGAUGGUGGACUUGAGUAACCUUUGAUGGAUGCUAGUGUCACAUGCUUCUUCAACUUCCUCUUGACGGGAACUUGUUUCUUCUGCUGCUCACCGGUUCUCAGUUUUGCCCAUUCAAAACAGAUAUAAUAUGUCAGUUCGGCAUGAGCUACUGCCAAUACAUGUCAGAGAAGAGCUUGAUGAUUAGCGCAACCAUUUUAGUUCUCUUUUUUCUUUUUGUCGAUCCUAUAAUAUUAAUAUACAUAUAAUCUGUCAAAGCUUCACUGCUUUGAUGUUUUCGUUCAUAUUAAGCUUGUAAGGUUAACAGGGUUUAGCCCUCUCUUACCUUGUAAGUUAAUGUCAUACCUGACAUGGGAUAGUCCUCUAGCUAUAUUAAUGAUUUUUAUUACAUAUAA